AUGGCCUCGCAACAUGUCUCCAAAAUCUUCAUGAUUGGUGGCACAGGAGUUCAAGGGGUUCCUAUCGUCAAAGCACUUGUGAGCGACAAGAAAUAUCACGUUCGAAUUCUAACUCGGAAUCCUUCGUCUCGCCGCGCCAAUGAGCUUCUCGCCCUCGGCAAUGUGGAGUUACUCCAAGGCACACUCGAAAAUGAACAAACUCUUCGUGACGGCUUUCGCGGCUGCGAUGGAGCUUUUGUCAACAUCGACGGCUUUAAUACGGGCGAGAAAGCCGAGAUGUACUGGGCCAUUCGCACGUAUGAGAUUGCUAUCGAAGAAGGCAUCAAAUUCUUCGUCUAUGGCCACAUCCCCUAUGUACUCAAAGCGGGAGGCUACGACUCCAAGUUUCGAGUCGGACAUAUGAACGGGAAAGGGAGAAUUGGAGAAUGGAUUCUCUUCCAGAAUAUCGACAACAAAGAUAGAAUGGGCGCGAGUCUUUUUGCUGUUGGUCCAUAUAUCGAUAUGACCAUUGGUUCUUACACGCCCAUGACACCCACCAUCGAGAAUGAUACUCUCAAAUGGCGUGUUCCACAAGGCAAUGGUCCAAUACCGCUAGGUUCUCUCGAGGAUUGUGGUCACUAUGUCCGCUGGCAAUUCGAUAACCCUGAGCGUGCCAACGGCCUGAACCUCGUAACUGCGAUAGAACAUAUCAGUUUCAAAGACCUGGCCACUGCAUUUGAGAAUGCUACAGGCCAUCAAGCACAAUACGUUGAUGUAUCACUGGAUGUGUACUGGACUAAUGGAGCCUUGUCGGUCAUUGGAAACCGCCCAGUGGGCUCUAACACUGAUCCAAACGAUCCGAGUAGUAUGACUGUGAAACAAAACUUUUCUGGGUUUUGGAAUGCUUUUAAGCAUGACCUCUUCAAGAUAGACUAUGCUCUUCUAGAUGAGAUUCAUCCAAACAGAAUCAAAAGCGCAGAAGACUGGUUCCGUCAGCAAGACAAGAUAUUGCAGAGCUCUGGGAAAGGGGGCCUCUGGGAUAGAGUUCAACCCGAGAACAUCUACCCAGUUCUAAAGCGUGUUGAAGAUGGCGAAGUAAAGAUCUAG